AGGUUUUUCUACCCCGCGUCCACGCCUCUUCACUAUGUGUCGGUAUACUACAGCAGAUAUUAUCUAUUCCCAGUGUCGAUUACCAGCUCAACAUAAGAUCGUGAAACGUCUUUAUCAGAGAUGCGAAGCUUCUCCGAAGCCAGGACCAAGAUGUGAGAACUCCACGUAUGAUCCGGCUCUUGGCACACACAUACCUUCAAAUCGAAACGCUCCCUGCAGGUUUUGUCGAGAUUCAGGCACAUCCGUCGGACAGGAGCGUUUUGAAGAUCAUGACCUUCAUGGUUAAGCAACCAGCCUGGAGGGACACACAGAGACCGAUGGUGGGAUACGAUGGAUACCAUGUCAUACACGGUCCUUGGAGCUAUCUUACAGCUGGCAUAUCUCCACGGGCUCAACAAAUCCUUAAUGCUCUUAAAGCAUUGAAGAACACCGCUUUCACAUCCCACUCGCCAGGGUUGACUUUCCUAAUAGCUACCAAGCUAGCUCCUAGUUCUUGAAGAACUUCAUCCAUAGAAUCGAAAGUGCCAUCCCAACAA